CCAUGUUGUAAACAAACACCAAAAACCGUCCACAAAUUUGUUGCCCCAUGCCAUUUCUCCUUAGCAACAAUCUUGAACUCUAUCUCCUGACUUAGAGACCAUGAGCACCAUCACAAACUCCACAACCCCAUUCCGCCACCACGUCACCGCCGAGCACCACCACAAACGCCAUCACCACUUCUUCCCAAGAACCCAAGCUACUUUGCAAGAUCAAGAAAACCCAAGCCCACGACGAAAAUUCUUAACCACAUUCCUAACAACUUCAUUAGCUCUAGCAGGCCUGCAGGCCACCCCAUUAGCACUAGCUCAAAAUUGGGGAACACGUUCAUUUCUAAAGGAGCGGUUCUUCGAGCCGGGCCUGUCGCCUGAAGAUGCCGUUGCAAGAAUCCGGCAGACGGCAGAAGGGCUUCAUGACCUUAGGGGCAUGUUGGAGAGCAUGUCUUGGAGGUAUGUGAUCUUUUACAUACGACUAAAACAAGCCUACCUUUCUCAGGACAUGAAAACUGCCAUGUCUAUGGUGCCUGAAAGCCGGCGAAAAUCCUAUGUUCAAACUGCUAAUGAACUGGUAGACAACAUGGCUGAGUUCGAUUAUUACGUUCGGACACCCAAGGUUUACGAGUCAUAUGUAUACUACGAGAAGACAUUGAAAUCAAUAGAUGAUCUUGUGGCAUUGUUAGCAUAAUACAAGGAACCUACCUGUUUGGCAGACAAAUCUGAGUUGAUUGAUCGAUGGUGUCUUGGAAUUAGCGAAGGAGAAUUUCUUCCAGAAAUUUUCUAGCAUGGGAUUGCCUCCUGUAUAUUGAAGUUCAUUCAUCAAGAAGAAUAGUUUGCACAUUUGAAUUGUUGUUAUGGCAUUCUUGUCAGCUGUCAAUGAGAUCGAAUGUUAGUUCUUUAGUAUUUGAGACUUGCCAACACUAGUCAGUACCAACAGUUUGUUUCAUUGUAACAUGCUUAAACCAUAACCAAGCAGUAAAGCUGAAAUCUAGUUAUAUACAAUGCAUUUCAAGUCAAAAUUUCUUGGACAAUUUGUCUGCCAAAUGUUGUAAUGGAUCCUCAUUCAUACAA